GUCAGGCAUUUGUCAUUUAGAUUCGCGCCGACGUUUGAGGUGACGGAAGAAUAGCCAACGUUUGAUGCCUCGCGCGCAGGAAGUCAAACUGGGCAAGCGGGCCGGCAACUCGUUUUCACAUUGGCUGUUCUCACCGAACAGGUUUCACCAGAACAAGAGGGAAUCAUGAAUAUAGAUCUAGAUUUGGGAGUAGCAGAGAUGAUUCGGGACAAAUUUGUGGGAGUUGAUUCAGGUCAGAUUGAAGGAAAUGGACAGGAGGGUGGAGAAGCUGGAGCAGAGGAAGUUGAGCUUGCAUUGGAGGCUGGUAAUGUGAUCACCGAGCGACGGAUAGGUUGGACGAGGAAAUCAGCUAGGGAAGGCCCGUCCGAGCGGAUUGCUGUAAACGAGGAGAGUGCGAUUACAAGGGCACUGAGCCAAGCAGCUAGGAAUCGAGGAUCUCCAAUUUUCCAACCUCUGGAGGGUACAUUAUUCAGUAGUAGCGAAGAGGCGAGAGAUUUCUUUAAUCUUUAUUCAUGGGAGAUUGGGUUUGGAAUUCGUUAUGGUCGUAGCAACAAGAAUAAUAAAGGGUACACAACCAGGCAAGAUAUUGUUUGUUCUUGUGAGGGAUCACCGCGAACCAAGAAUUGUGCGUCUAUCAGGACUGGAUGUAAAGUUAUGAUAAGGCUGCUGAGAACAAGUGAUCAUGGGUGGUACAUUAGUCGAGUUAGCACAAGCCACAACCACAAAUUAUCAGAGGGGUAUGCAGAGAAGAAACAGUGGAAUUCUCACAGCAUGAUUGAUCCGAGCACUAAGUAUUUCAUCAAGAAACUUCGAGACAACAAUGUCAGUAUUGGAAGGGUUUGCAGCAUUAUUGGUGUCACAGAUAGUAGUGCUAUGAAUCCAGUUCGUAAAGAGACCAUCAGAUCACUCUGCGCGAAGGUAGCAAGGGAAAAUAUGGCUGAUGACAUUGGUAAAACUGUCCAACUUUUACGGGAAAUGAAAAUCAAAGAUCCACUUAUGGAAGUGAGGUUCAAGGUUGAUGAGAAGGGCACAGUUAAAUCUAUGCUUUGGUGUACUGGAAAGAAUAGGAUGGAUUACAAGAACUUCGGUGAUGUUGUCACAUUUGAUACAACCUAUCGUACCAAUUUGUACAGCUUGCCGUUUGGAAUUUUUAUCGGUGUUAAUUGCCAUUUUCAGUCAAUUAUUUUUGGUGGCGUUCUUUUGUCUACUGAGACAGCAGAAGACUUCCAAUGGGCAUUUCAAAAUUUCAUCGAGAUGAUGGAUGGAUCAGUUCCAAUAACUGUGCUGACAGAUCAAUGCGCGGCAAUGGGAAAGGCAAUUCGUACUGUUUUGCCUGGGACACGUCAUCGAUGGUGUCGUUGGCAUGUCUUGAAGAGUGCUAAGAAGAAGUUAGGGAAAGUUAUUGCGAGACACAAGCAAUUCAAAAGUGAUUUCUAUAAUCUCAUCACCAACGAGACAUGUGUUGAUAGUUUUGAAUUGUCGUGGAAGAAGUUGAUCAUAAAGUACCGGCUUGUGAAGAGCAAGUAUAUGCUAAGACUUUACAAGCAUAGGGAAAAAUGGGCCAAACCAUACUUUAUGAGUGUUUUUUGUGCUGGGAUGACGAGCACGCAAAGGAGUGAAAGUGCAAAUCACAUGCUUAAGAGGUAUAUUCAGAAGGCUGCGCCUAUGCACCUGUUUGUAAGCAAGUUCAAUGAGUUCCUUUGUGAUCGGACAGAGCAAGAGGCUCGGGAGCAACAUGUAACAAAAAUGGUUACAAGGAGAAUGAGGGUAGGGGCUCCGAUUGAAGAGCAUGCCGAUUUAGUGUAUACUCGUGCAAUGUAUGAGAAAUUUUAUGAUGAGUUAUUCGAGGCUGGGAAGUUUUGUGUUCAGAGGGAAGAUGGCAAUGACAGGUUCAUUGUUUCCUCUGCGAAGUUGAGCUCAGAUGGUGUACAAAAAAAAUAUGUUGUUACUCUGCACGGAGAGGAUUUCAUGUCUUGCCAGUGUGGUCUGUAUGAGCAUCUAGGUAUGCUGUGCCGGCAUGCUCUAAAGGUUUUGUUACAUUUGGAUAGGCAAGAAAUUCCAAAGUUUAAUAUAAUGAGAAGAUGGACAAAGGAGGCGGUUGUUUACAAAGCUCAUGGAGAACAAACUGAUAUAGCUUCAGAUGCAGACCAAAUGAGGAAGAAGGCUUUGAUGUUGCAGACUCUUCAAAUUGUGCAUGGACCUUCACCGGUGGAUGAGCAGAUGUUCAGGAAUGCUAUGGAAGCGUUGAGGCCCGCUGACCGAACGCAGCGGGAGGAUCCACCAUUUGAUGGACAGUAUCAGUGUAGUUUGCAUGAUGAUGCUGGGCCGGUGCCUUUAUCGUGCCCUCCAAGGACAAUGAAGGGUGGUCGACCUCCUAGCACUGGGCUUAAUGCUUGGAUAUCGAGGAAAGACAAGAGAAGGACUCUUGACUCUUCACUGAGGGAUCCAAUUUCCGAAGAUUGGCCAGAGGAAGAGAUGCCUCCUAGCAAGAAGACCCGGUGCUUAAAAGAUAUCUGAAUGUUUCUUGACCAAUCACAGUAUCAUUGAUGCCAACAAAUGUUUACAUUGGAAGUAUGUCUGGUGGCAGUACAUUGGUGUCUAAAAUAAA